GCAGGCUUUACUUACACCGUAUUAUUAUAUACUGAUUGUUUACCGAUCCAUCUGUAAUAUCCUCUGCACGGCAAAGGACACCAAAUGGAAAGGGAAGGCCACAUGCACACGUUUUCUGGGAUCCGCUCUAUCAGGGAGCAUUCUUUUGUAUAGAUUUCGUUACAAAUACGGAGUAGUAUAUCAAAGAAAAAUUAAAGAACGCGGAGGACGUUUGGGUGAAUAUACGAAUAUACCUUGAACACCUGUAGUAUUGACGUGAUAUUUAAGGACAGCUAUCAUGUGUGACAACGAAGCGUUCAGUUACGGCGGGGACCACCGCGGUCAACCCAGGGGCAUCUUAUAUACUCCUAAACCGGGAGUGUUCAUAGUCCAGGAAAAUGUAGCGUAUCAAAAUAAAACCAUGGCAACCAGGGUUGAUGUUACCAAGGCAACCCAUAAAGAUUCCUCAAAUGCUACGGCGACCAAUUACAAGGCAAUUACAGGCAAAGGUGAUGUUACUGUGACAACGGAAAAUUCAGGAAUAUCGCAGGAAGGCGGGGACACAAAAGGGAAGAAGAUGAAUGCUGAGGAUCAUGACCUCAGUGAAUCGCUGCUGGAUGUACGAUCCAAUGGAAGCGCCAAAUUUGUUGUAGAAAGACCAGUUUUCUCACAGCAGAAAUUUGACGAGGGAUUUGAACCUGGAACUCGUCCACAGAGCACACUAAGGCAGAGUUUAAGUAAAGCUAAAUCAAAAUGCCAUUGUUCCGGGAAUUGUUGUAUGAAGUUUCUUUACAGUAUCUUUCCCUUCCUGGAUAUCCUAAAGGAGUACAAUAUAAAAAAGGAUUUGUCUGGCGACAUUGUGUCUGGUCUAACAGUCGGUAUCAUGCAUAUUCCUCAAGGCAUGGCAUAUGGUAUGUUGACGGGUCUACCUCCAGUAUACGGACUGUAUGCCUCCUUCUUUCCAACACUUGUUUAUUUCUUCUUCGGGACAUCAAGGCAUGUUUCAAUGGGGACAUUUGCUGUGGCUAGUCUAAUGAUAGGGUCAGCCCUGGACAAACACAUGCCUGCUGGGGUCAGUGUAUGCCAGCCGACCUUGGAGUCAACUGUUGGUUUGAUGGUCAAUGAAACAGAGAACAGCACGUUUUCUGUGAUUGGAAACAGCUCCCUGGAAUCUAACGGUACCCAUGACUGGAUGAAGGGAUGUAUGACCGAAUUCGACCUGGAGAUGAUACGGCUGCAAUAUGCCAUGGCAAUCACCUUUGUGUCCGGAGCCAUCCAUCUGGCUAUGGGUUUGGCACACCUGGGAUUUGUGACCACCUACCUGUCAGAUCCACUUGUUAGUGGUUUCACCACCGGGGCAGCCUGUCAUGUGUUUACGAGCCAAAUCAAACACAUAUUUGGGAUCACAACAGGACGAUACAGUGGCGCUUUUAAACUUGUAUAUACCUACAUAGAUUUCUUCAAGAACAUUCCAAUGACAAACCCAGUAACCAUAGGAACCUCAGUUGUGUGUCUUGUGAUUCUGUAUUGCGUGAAAGAAUUUAUCAAUAAUAACCCAAAAAUUAAACCCAAACUGAAGAUGCCAGUUCCCAUAGAACUGAUCAUGGUAAUUUUAGGGACGGUGAUAUCGUUGUUAGUAAAACUAAAGGAGGAACACGAUGUUGACAUUGUAGGCAACAUUCCAACAGGACUACCAUCGCCAAAAACCCCAGACUUGUCGCUGGCACCAGACGUAAUUGGUGAUACGGUCGCCUUGGCGAUUGUCGUGUUUGCCGUCUCGGUGUCCAUGGGGAAAAUUUUAUCAAAAAAUUACGAAUAUGAAAUUGAUGCAAAUCAGGAGCUGUUAGCUUAUGCUGCAUGUAACAUUGUCAGCUCUUUCUUCUCUGCCUACACAAGUUCAGCAUCCUUGUCACGAAGUUUGGUACAAGAACAUGUUGGAGGAAGAACACAGAUUGCUGGUGUGUUUUCCUGCAUUCUCUUGUUGUUCGUGCUGCUACUCCUGGGGCCCUACUUCAGCACCCUACCUAAGGCUGUUCUGGCAGCUAUCAUCAUUGUAGCAUUGAAGGGAAUGUUUAAACAGCUACUAGAACUCCCGAAUCUAUGGAGGCUGUCGAAAAUAGAUUUUAUAAUCUGGAUCGUAACCUUCCUGGCCACGGCAGUGCUGGACGUUGACCUUGGCUUGAUGACCGGUGUUGGAGUGGCUAUACUAACCAUUGUAUACAGAGUUCAGAGACCUUACUCAUGUUUGCUUGGCCAGAUGCCAGAGACAGAUAUCUACCGGGAUGUGUCUGUGUAUAAAGAGGCUGUAAAGAUACCUGAUGUAAAAAUAUUCCGUUUUGAGAAUGCACUGUUCUUUGUGAGUGUCGACCACUUCCGCAGCAGUUUAUACAAAUGUACAACAAACCCUAAACAACUACACAAAGACAUUAAAGCUGCCCAACUUAAACUACUUAAGACACGAAAUGUGGAGUUUAAUGCCACGGAGGGCAACAUUGACGAGUUAGUGUGUAACCACAAGGACGACCCAUCUAUACCCAGGGUAGACUUCUCCACAGUCAUCAUCGACUGCUCCAACUGGAGCUUCAUAGACUCCAUGGGAAUCAAAACAUUGAAAGCUGUGAUAAAUGAAUUCAAGGCUGUAGAUAUCAAUAUAUAUUUAACUUGUUGUAAAUCGGGUGUGCGCGAGAUGUUUGAUAAAACGGGGUUCUUUGAGGUCCUAGCCACAGAAAAUCUAUUUGUGUCAAUACAUGAUGCGGUGUUGCAAACACGACACCAGAGGUGGAUGAGUCGCAAGGCCAAGAAUGGCUCAGCAAAAACUGACACGAUACCAGAGGAUAUAUCAGUUGUGAUAGGCGUGCAGGCAGAAGAUGCUGAGACAGAAUCAAAGAAGGACGACACAAAGACAACUUUAUGAUGACGUGGAACAGCUUGGUACAUUAGUGCGUAGCAUGUAGUGAAUUUGUAAAAAAAAAUGUUGGAGUUGCCUGGCAACUUGUUAUGAAUUGGAAGCCUAGGUUGUCAUACCAACAGAACUGGAAGUGCUUUUUUUCAUAGCAACACCUAGCCUGGUGGUUGAACAAUAAAUAAACCUUAAUGUUUAACAAGUGUGACUGUGUUUAUAAUUGUAUAAACGAACAGGUAUUUGUUGCAUUGAUAAUUGAUAAGUUAUAUAAGAUCAUGCUAGGCUGAACUUCCAACUUGUUGUAGCUUUAAUUAAACCAUGGUUUGCAAUACUGUAUCAUCAUUUCUGAAAAACGUUGCUCAUUUAAAUCAAUAUAUGUAAGAUUGAGAUAUAUUUUAUUUUGAGUUUCUUAAUAUUUUAUGUCUAUGCCGUUUGUUGUUUUUUGUGAUAAUACUUCAAUAUAUUUUAAGAAAAAGUCACAAUAUUUUUUAUCUUUUGAUAUGUAGUUUUUUAAAAUAUCAAGUUGUAAAAUGUUGCAUCUUUUAAGGACUGUAUGUUAAAAUAGUAAAGUUAAAAUUUUCAGUUUUUGUAGAAAAUGAUAUCAUUAAACUUUUAAUACCAAUGUUAGAAAACUAGGGGAAUGGGCAAAGUGGAUAUCUGCCAAAAUUAUAUCACCAGCAUAAAUAAAGUGCCGGCAGUUUUGACCUCAACAUAAAUGAAAACAUGGUCAUUUUUACAAAAUUGAAACUUGUGUAGCGAUAUUCUAAUUCAGUUAUUUUGAUACUCAAAAGUUGUCAUAAAAUCUAGGUGUCCCAGCAGAUGUGUGAGAUUUCAAUUUAUGUUAAUUGUGUAUAUUUUCUUUUAUUAUUACAUAGUAAGCUAUGGGGGAAGCGAUAUGCUGCUGUUCAUAUACAAAGAGGUAUUUUUAUAAGAAUUAUCUCCCUCUUGGAACUCUCCCUUUAGUUUUUAGUUUUAUUUGUGUAACAAUUUAUACAAUCUGAUUCUAAUCCUACAAUCAUUUAAUAUAAUCUGUUAAAUCAUAAAAGUCCAAAAUCGUUGGACGUGAAAUAUUUUUAUAUGUUUAAAUGGUAUGGGACUAUUUUGGAAAGGAGAGAGAUAUUACAGAAUGUUAAGGUAGCUGAAAUGGUUUCAUUAUACGGAGAUCCCAAAAAUCAUGAUUGUAAAACUGGGACUUUAUUCACAAUGAUAUUUCAUAGGUUGUUAUGUAUAGGUGAGUCUAUCAGAAAUAGUUGUGUGUUCCUAGAAUAUACAAGGGUAUAUACUGAAUAAAUAUAAAUGGCGGGUUGUAAGGGUAAACAUUUUUCUGACAGAUCCAGUUGUAAAAUUAAUUAAUGUUUUAACUGUGCAAUAUGUGCAAGACUUGUUUACUCAAACUUUUACAAAACAGGAAAUAUUAAUGGACCCCAUAAUUAGGACAGGAUGAAUUCAUUUAAAAAUUUGUAUGAGAAAAAUGGUUGUCCAUAUCUUUCUCUGAAAAAAUCAACUAUUUGAAAAUACUACUAAAGUAUAACUCAGCAGACUUUAAGUCAUUUUCAUAAUUCUGUAGCACCACUCGGGCAAAGUGGUUGAUUUAAAUACCCUGAGAUGAUCGAGUUGGAUUAAGAUAUACAGUACAUGUACAUUAAAAAAAUCUCCUUAGGGGAUGCUAGCUCCCUAGCCCAGUUGCACUAGAGGGCAUUGGACAAGAUCCAGAAUGCUAUUAAGAGAUUAAAAGCUACUCCUCAAGAAAUGCCAACCAGAUGUCAACAAAUCUCUGGGUCAAACAUAUCGUUUUAGAUUUUCUGUUACAUAACUGGUUACUAUAUUUACUUCAAAAGAAAACAAAUUCAAUAAUACUCAGGUCUGAAAUCUUAAUAUGACUGCAGAGAUCAAAACAUGGGUGAAAGGAUCAGCUUGAUAUGCUUAAUUGAAACAGACGAUUUCUUCCUACAUCGUACAUCUUGUCCUGAAUAUCGUCGUCACAGCUUAGCUAGGCUAGGGGGUAUAGAUUUGUGUGCACCCACUCAUCCUGUUUUUAUUGGUUGUUUAUUCAGAAAGGUUGAGAGUUUCCCGUCUGAUUCUAAAAUUUGUUCUUAAUUGGAAUGUGUGUAUUGGAUGUGUGGGUGUGCUUGGGAUGUGUGGAGGUGUAUGGGUGUGUAUGGGCUGUGUGGUUGUGUA